AUGACAGCCCAGGUCCGUGACGGAGACUGCCGAAGUGUCCUGGACGUCGCCAGGACCCUGGCGCACCUGGCGUCGGCGACUGUCCCCGUCCUCGCCGCCCUCCUGCCGCUGGCGCUCCGCGCGGAGAGCUUGGCGAUGCUCUUCUGCAUGUGCGCGUGGGUGGUAAUCUGGUUCGGCUUCGUGCGGGUCGUCGGAAACUGCUCGCGGGGGUACCUGGCAGAGCAGCCGGCGAGGCGCAAAGCCAUCGCUGCGUUCGGAGGAGCCCUCCUGAUCUUCUUCGUGCUUCUUGGAGCCAGGCAAAGCCACGUCUUCCGGACGGCAGUCUUGAAGGUAGGGGGGAAGGCGAACAACCUGCAGCACAGCGGGUCGACGAGCGCCUUCGCGGCCAACGCCACUGCCGCCAACGCCAGCCUGGUCCAGGUGACCGACAGCGCCGUUGUCGCGGCCUGCAAGACGACAAACGUGCUCUGGUCGCGCAGCUUCGGCGCCUCUUUCAGGGAGUGGUGGGCGAAGUGGACGCCGGUCGCGGCAUCUGCGGCGGUCGGCGCCGCGAUCACCGCGCCUGCGUGCUUGGGCGCCAUGUGGGUGGCGACGAAGCCCGGCUUCCGAGAGAAAGACUGGGCUCUCCUGCUCGACGGGGCCACAUACGCGGGGAUGGCGGUCUUCCUGGCGACGCUGGCGGGAACGCACGAAGUCCAAAGCCACAUGCCCCUCCAGGCGCAGGGGUUCCUUGAGCUCAUCGAACCCCUCGUCUCCUACAGCCAGCUGUUUCUGCUCGUGACCAUCCCGCUCACCGUCGCGAUGCAGGGCCUGCAUUGGCGUUUCUACUGGCAGCGCGUUUGGCAAGGCACGACCAGUAACGAAGUCGACCUGCUCCACGAGGCAGAGAGCGCCGUUGCCAUCAAAGCAGAACAAUGGGAUGACCUCGUGCGCAAGGUCUCCGGCACGAAGCAGAAGAUGCUGCAUGUGAAAGCUCCGCUGCAGGGUCUGGACUUCAUGGAAAAGGUGGCGGCGUACCCUCAGACGUUGCGGAUGUCGAUCCAGUCGUCGAGUGGGCUCCUUGACGGGUUCAGCCACCUUGCCAGUGUCACUGACAACGACGAGGUCAUGUCACUACCAAUGGUCGACUGUAUGGGGCCAGGACCGCUGAGUAAGAUAGCAGUAGUGGCCAUGUUCUCGCACAUCUGCCGGGCGCUCCUCCUCCUGUGGAUCUGGAUGGCAGGCCGUACCCCCGGUCUUGGGGAGGACUACAUCGAGUACCACACGUACCACCAUCUGGGCGCGGAUGUGCAGGACGCAAACACAAUUCUGCUACGUAACAUGACGCAUUCCGCGGGUCGGCCAGCUGACCUGACCGCCACCGGUGUGAUGCAGAGUUUGCUGCAGACAUAUGCUGCAGACGGAGGGAGGAUCUUGGGGAGGUGGUGGGCAUCUUUGUCGUGGCUGUACGUGCAUGUCCUGCUCGUGAAUGGCACCCUGGCCGUCCUCAUGGGGGCCGUGUGUUGGCAGACGGGUCUCUUCAAGGCCUUGGACGCGCUCCUACAUGCAGGGGUGCUCUUCGUGCAAGCAGACGCUCAGUGCCGCAAGAUCAUCAUCUGUCGAGACGUGAUCCAUCUUUCGCUGGGUGCCGAGAUCUCCACGCUCUUUACCCUGGUGCUGCCUGUCCUGCGUUACCUCAGGAACGCAAACUUCCUCCGCAAUGAUCUUCAGCUUGACAUGCACAAGGGCAUGCUCCACGUUCUUCUGAGCGGCUCACUCGGCUGCAUGCUGCCGGGCUCCGCGCACGUGCUGGCCGUGUCGGGAGCCAACAUCCAGGACUCGAUGCAGUACGACUCGGUGCUGUGGGACAGGGCCAUCAUGUCAUCGCUGCUGUCGGCGUCAGUGUCAUGCUUUGCCCUGUUUGUCGCAUGCCAUGACAGGCGCAUGGACAUCAUCGUCUUUGUUUUUCAACUCUUCGUCGUUCAACUCAAGGGCGCCGUGGACGCAAGAACGCUGCGGUUGAUGCGCAUCGGAGCGAUCGUCGACGAGCUCUCUUGGUGGAAGAACCAGAAGGAAGUCAAGGCUAGCCUGGUCAAGGACUUUCACCAGGAUGAGAAGCCAACGAUUGAGUGGAAGAUUGAGUGGAAACGGAGGUUGGGCGUGACGCAAGACGGUCCUCCACGCGCCUCCCGCAGCAAGACGAAGAGCAAGGUCCUCCACGCGCCCCUCGCCAACUCCCCGCGCCUCCCGCAGCAAGACGCAGAGCAAGCUGGCCCACGCCCCUGGUGGGACUGUUGCGAGUGUACGGGGGAGGAGCGGGAAGGCCACCCCGAGUGGGAGAGCUGCUGGCGCGUCGAAGCUCGGAUGCAUCGGUUGCUGAACGAGAAGCUGAACGAAAAGCUUGGACGCUUCGAUGAUUAUCUGUGCUUCGACGUGAUAGUCCAUAAGAGGAUCUGGUGCCUAUGGACCUUGGAGGUCGUGUACAGGUUCUCGCUGUCCGGCGACGACAGCGGCGGCGAAAGGGAGUUCGUGGGCAAGCAAGUCUUCUCGGGCGAGUCCAGUGGCGACGCCCAUCCAUCCUCCGUGAGCUUGGUGCUGCCCGGAGAGGAGCGCCGUUGGGGACGGCCGUACUGGCGCGGGAAUCUGCUUGCCGUCGCUCCUGAUAAUGAGCUCUUGUCCCAGGUCCGCUUGAAAGUGAAAAGGGAAUCGAACGUGAAACUGGAGGUGUCCCAGGUCCGCUUGAACGUGCACGCCUGCACCAUGCGCCCGGAGACGCCGACGCGGGGAGAGUGGUUCAAGCAGAUGACCCCAUCAUGUCUGAAGACGGAGGCGUGCACCAUGGAGGGGGAUGCAGAAUAUCAGCUCAUGGGCCAGAGGGAGAGGAAGGAGCCGGGAUGGGACAAGAUGUCGCCUCUGGAGCUGCACGCAAGACUGUGGCCGCACGUGCAGGAGAGCAACGAGAGUAGUUGCAGCGACGGGUCCGCGCUGGGUCAGGCCCCUGGGCCCGUGGACGUGACCAUUGACACGAAGUUUGAUCUUUCGGCCUGUCUCUAUCAGUCGGACGGCGCCAACGCGAAUCCGUGUUCUUCGGGCUCUUCGUCUCUGGUCACAUCGGAUCGCGAGGACUCUGCGGAGCGGCUACCGCCCACGGAGGGGCCUGAGCGCGGUGCCGGGCAGGAGCCUCUGCUUUCCCCGUGA